AGCACCAUGACUGCAGUCCCUAAAGUCAAGAUAAAAACUGAUGAACAAGUUAGGACGAAGAAGAGGAAACGCCCAGAAACUGAGAGAGCCAAGAACAAGAAGGAGAAGCUCAAGGAAUUGAAGGAUGGUCUGUCAGAGAUUAAAAAUAAAGAUAAGGCAUCGGAGGGAAAUUGGAGUGCUAUCAACAUAGAAGAAGAAAAAAGUCUUAUGUCUAUGGGACUUGCUAGUUUGGAGGUUCUUGACGAGGAAGAUUUCAUGAUAGAAAGACCUGGUAAACGUAAGAAGAAAACUGGUCCUAAAACUGGCAGUAAGAAAUCUAAAAAAUCAGCUGAUGAUCAAGCAGAUGGGGAAACUGCUGAGGGGUCGGAAGAUCUGACUGUUUGUACUAAACGGAAAAAAUUGUCAUUCGCAGACAAGAAAGAGCAGGUGAAGCUGAAGCGGAAGGCGAAAAUGCAACAAGUAAAAUUGAGAAAACUCGAAAAUCCUGACUCAGAAGAAAAUAAAUUAAGGCUGGAAAAAAUAAAAGCGAAAAGGAGGGCUAAGAAACUGAAGAAGAUGCAAGAAAAACAGUUACAAUCUGAAGUUGACAAAUUUAUCGCCGAAAAGGAAACCGAAGCCAGUCCUAGUUCCAAUGAAAAACCCGUCAACGCAGACACCUCAGUCCUUCCAGCACCUUCUGACACGUCUACUGAAGAACUGAGUGUUCCUAACCAGUCGACAACACAGAUUAGUGAGUCGCCUGUUAUUUCUUCGGAGAUAGUUAAUACAGAUAAAGAUAAUGUUUCUGUACUGUCCACUUCUCCUGAGCCAUGGAAACUGAAACCAAGGAAACUACCAAAGUAGAUAGUGUCGCUACGGUGGAUGGAGAAACUAUCCUUGAUGAGCCACAGCCACUAUCAGUGUCUAACCCUACUGAAGAUGUGAUCACCACAAUGGAGGUUGAUACUGUCCCUGAUGAUACAGCAGGUGUUGAUACUGUCCUUGAUGAUACAGAGCCUGAGUCUGGCCCAGUUGCUCUCACUGAAGAGGAGAAGGAAAAGGCUAAAGCUUGGCUAAGACUGGAUGUCUGUGAGCCAAUAGUGAAGGGUUUACUAGAGCUGGGUUUCUUGAACCCCACUCCAAUCCAACAGGCGUGUAUCCCAGCGGGUCUUUUAAAGUAUAAGGACGUGAUAGGAGCUGCAGAGACGGGGUCAGGGAAGACUCUAGCGUUUGGGAUACCUCUGGUUCAGAGGAUCAUGAGACUGUCAGAUGAUAAAUGUGUGAAGGGUUUGGUUCUGUGUCCUACCAGGGAGCUUGCUUUACAGGUGACGGAUCACUUACGAGCUGCUUGCAAGCACACUGGAGUACGAAUAGUUCCCAUAGUAGGAGGUAUAGCGUCACCCAAACAGGAGCGCCUACUCUCGUACAAGCCGCCCAUUCUGGUGGCUACACCUGGCAGGUUGUGGCAGCUCAUCCAGGAACACCCAUAUCUCCAGGAUCUGUCCACCGUCAAGUUCCUCGUCAUCGACGAAGCUGACAGAAUGGUCGCUGACGGACAUUUUGAGGAGGUAACACAGAUAAUAGGUAGAAUUCCAGGCCCAGAACAGCGCAACGCUUUCCUCUUCUCUGCUACCCUCGCAUUCACUAUCGACCGUCUUGAUGAAAAGGCUAAGAAAAAGAAGAAAACUAAGCAGGAAAAAAGAGCUGAGAAGAAAGGGAAUGCAGGUAUUGAGCUGCUAGUAAGAAAUAUCGGAGUUAAAGAGAAGGUUGAGAAGGUAGACUUCACCCAGAAGAAAGGAACUGCUGAGACGCUGACGGAGACCUACUUUCUGUGUAAUGUCGAGGAUAAGGACCUUCACCUUUACUACAUGUUACUGAAUCAUCCUGGCAAAAUACUCGUCUUUGCUAACUCUAUCGAUAACGUUAUGAAUAUUGUUCACAUAAUGAAGUUAUUAGAGUUACCAGUGAUACCUCUCCACUCUGCUUUACAACAACGACAACGCUUCAAGUACUUGGAAAAGUUCACUCAGAGCACCGCCUCAGUCAUGAUAUGUACAGACAUAGCAGCACGUGGGCUAGACAUUCCAGAGGUAGACACAGUAAUACAUUACCAGCUGCCCUCCACAAAGGAGGCCUACAUUCACAGGUCGGGCAGGACUGCACGUGCAGACAACCCCGGUCUUAGUGUGGCUAUUGUGGGACCCAAGGAUUUCAAGACCUACAAGAAGAUAACUUCCCAAAUGUCAGAGUUCCCCACCGAAGGCAGUAGAAUCAGACUACUUCGACCUGCAGUAGAACAAGCCCGACAAAUAUUCAAGAUAGAACGACUAAGAACACGGCCUGAUAAGAGAGAAGCGAAGUUGGUAGCGCUUGCAAAAGAGGCUGGUUUUGCGGAUACAACGAACGAAGAUGAACCUGCACAAGCCUUGGAAUCUAAAAAGGAAGUUAAGAUAAUGAAAGCCAAACUGAGAGUUCUCCUUCAGCAACCUGUUAUUGAUCCGCUGAACAGUUCGAGGUACGCGACCAAGAAAGGUGUUAUGGACGAUUUUCAGACGCUAAACUCGUUCUCACUCGGUGUGUCCGCUCUGGAACAUUCCAAAUCAAGCUCAAAGAAGAAACGGUGAACUGUGGGUAGAUUGCAGACAUCCUGUCUUUUAGUAUUUGAUAAUUUGUGAAUUCAGUAUGAUAUGUGAUGCAGAAUUGUGAAGUAAAGUUGUCAGAAUAUUUGGGAGAAAGAAUUAGAAAAAAAUUGGAAGCAAAAUGAGAAUUAUACCUAAGUUAAUUUAUUGCAAUUAAAUAUGAAUACUUAUGAUAGUCCAAUAUGUAUCGAUUGACUUGUAAAAUUAAAGUUUGUCUUAAUUCAGUUUGUUUCAUUACUAAAAAAGUUAACUUAGCCAUUUGAUGAGUUAGCUGUGUUAUUCGUUUUCGGGCUUUUAGUCCCAAUCAAAUCAACGAGUAAAGAUUCCUUUCUCUCAAAUGUGCAUUUUUGAUCUACAUCGUUUUACAUUCCAUGUAAAUUUUAAAGCUCUUAUUUAAUCCAUUAGAAACUAAUUAAUUAUUCAAAUAACAUCGUAUUAUAUUUAACAUAUUU